UGCAUGUCAUACGUUUUCACCCCCGUCUCCUCCCACCUCCCCCAUCCCCUCUCUACCUCUCCCUCUCAUUCGCCCACAUUCGCUCACUUUCUCCGCCAGGCUUCAAACACGCUGCAGGAUGUCCAUAGUGAAUAUUGUUGCCAGGGAGAUCCUGGACUCCAGAGGAAACCCCACUGUGGAAGUAGAUCUGCAUACAGCCAAAGGUCUGUUUAGGGCUGCUGUGCCCAGCGGCGCUUCCACUGGCAUCUAUGAGGCUUUGGAGCUCCGAGAUGGAGACAAGACUCGCUAUAAGGGCAAAGGUGUAACCAAGGCCGUCAGCCACAUUAAUGACACCCUUGGACCUGCCCUCGUCCAGUCGGGAAUCAAUGUGCUGGAGCAGGAGAAACUGGACAACAUGAUGAUCGAAAUGGAUGGCACUGACAACAAAUCUAAGUUUGGGGCCAAUGCUAUUCUGGGAGUAUCACUGGCCAUAUGCAAAGCUGGUGCAGCAGAGAAAGGUGUCCCCCUGUACCGUCACAUUGCAGAUCUAGCAGGAAAUGGAGAGCUGGUCUUACCAGUUCCUGCAUUUAACGUGAUCAACGGGGGCUCUCAUGCUGGCAACAGGCUGGCUAUGCAAGAGUUCAUGGUACUUCCUGUUGGGGCGGAGUCUUUCCGUGAUGCUUUGCGUGUGGGGGCUGAGCUGUACCAGACACUGAGAGGUGUCAUCAAGGAGAAGUAUGGUCAGGAUGCUACAAAUGUUGGAGAUGAGGGAGGGUUUGCCCCAAAUAUACAGGAGAACAGUGAAGCCCUGGAGCUGAUAAAGACGGCCAUAGAAAAAGCAGGCUUCACAGACAAGGUGGUGAUAGGGAUGGACGUAGCUGCUUCAGAGUUUUUCAUUGAGGGCAAGUACGACCUGGAUUUCAAGUCUCCGCCCAACGCUGCCCGCAACAUCAGUGCUGAGGAGCUGGCCAGCAUCUACCAGGGCUUCAUUAACAACUAUCCAGUUGUGUCUAUUGAAGAUCCUUUUGACCAGGACGACUGGCCUGCCUGGUCACAGUUCACAGCCUCAGUGGGCAUCCAGGUGGUUGGAGACGAUCUGACAGUCACUAACCCGCGCAGGAUACAACGAGCCGUGGAGGAAAAGGCCUGCAACUGCCUGCUGCUUAAAGUCAACCAGAUUGGCUCUGUCACAGAGGCCAUCAAGGCGUGUAAGCUGGCCCAGGAGAACGGCUGGGGUGUGAUGGUGAGCCACCGCUCAGGAGAAACAGAGGACACUUUUAUAGCUGACCUGGUGGUUGGUCUCUGCACUGGACAGAUCAAGACUGGAGCUCCCUGUCGAUCAGAACGUCUGGCCAAAUACAACCAGCUCAUGAGGAUCGAGGAAGAGUUGGGUGACCAGGCCCGCUUUGCUGGGCACAACUUUCGCAACCCCAGUGCCCUCUGAGCGCCAGCGCUGAAGACAGUGUGGCACGCAAGACAGCAAAAUACAUACACAUCAUGUUAUAUUUCACAGGUACAUAUAAUGAGAUAGUGACUCAACUAAUUCAGCAAAGCCCUAAAUACACCAAAACACAUUAAAGACUAGUUAGUUUUAAAAUAACUAAAACACAUAGAUAAUGCACUGUAGUUACAGUAUAUUGACCUGACGCUUCAGCAAGUGAUUAACUUUAUUGAUCACAGCCGGUUGCAGCAAAUCCUGAACAAAGUGUUUCACUCUCAGCACAGACUUACACCUUCCUUAUCGCAGUUGUUCCUUUCUUUCGCUCUUCUGAUCUCUCUGACUGUCUCCUCAUGAUUCACUGCAGAAGCGUUUUGAUCUUUUGUGCCCUGUUGUUUCCUCUUCCUCCUGUUACUCAUGUUGUUUCUGAUGUGAAUUCUCCGCAGCUUGCUACAAAAAUCGUGUCUGUUACUUUGUCUGUUUAAGGUUAAACUCAAUAAAGAUAUGUAUCCAUGUUAACUCAAA